GAGACACUAAAUCCUAUCAAUACAGCGUUGCUAAUUUUUUUCAUGGGCGGAUUUUUGACAGAUAACGCAUGCGUGACAAGCAGUCAGCUGUGAAAGAAAACUGAAAUGGCUACUCAUUAUUCAAUUUAUUAUUAUUACAAAAUAUUUUAGUGUUUAUUAUACAAUCAAUAACAAAUAGUGACUUAAAAUUUUAGCCAAAAAGUAUUCGCAUGUCAAUGUAACACUACCGUACACAUUAAACAAUUUUUAAGCAACGUUUUUAUUGAUAAAAACAAUGUUUAUUAUCAACAUAUUAUAGUUGUGAAAGUGGCUCAAUAUUUUUUAUUUUUUAUUUAAAUAUUUAUUAUCCACUUGGGUGGAUAAUAAUAAGAAACCUCCUAUAAAAAUGUGAGUAAUUUUUAAUCAACCACUUCACUGCCCCCCCAGGAAGUAGAAAAAAUGGCUACAAUGAUGUACCCGAGCCUGACCAAGUCCCAGUCGAUGAGGGCCAAAAGAAAAUCGGCUGUAGAAUUGCUGGCCGAAAGUAAACCGUUUUACGUGAAGUCUGAAAUUGUAAGGGACAACACUCAGCAGUUGCCAUCCAGGCCUCAUUCAAAUUUCGGAGGAUAUGCUGGCUAUGGAACUUAUAAUCGAAGUAAGAGUGUUAAUGUCACUGGGAAUUGCAGUUAUAGUAAACCUACGAAUUUUCCUCAAUAUAUGGCCGUGUCUCCAUCUCGUUCCUUACCGCCACUCACCCAUCGCCGUUCAACGCACUUCAUAACACUGCCUACAGCCCACCAGGCAACCCCACCCAAUUCAACCGACUUGCUACAGAACCGACUGCGCCAACUUUUAGUUUGCGAUAGUGCCGAGGAGCUACGCGUCGAUCAGGUAAAAGACGCUCGCAAACCUGAUGUUAUUAGACGUAGAAUGGCUCCGCUGAGUCCACCAGCUGAAUACUCAUCCCAACGUUGCCACAAAAGCCUACCAGAUUUGCACUGUAGAGGUAGCGGAGGCAGCGGCGGAGCCGAGCCCAGCUCCAAUAAGAGCAGCAAUAAGAGUUUGUCCAAUCGCGACAGUGGCGGCUCUAGCGGACAUUAUACUCAACGGAGUGAACCUGCUCCACCACCUAGACAAUUUUGCUCACAACAAGAUACGCGUCGCGACAGUGGCUCCAGUACUCAGCACAGCGGCGGUAGCUCAUAUUAUUGCUGUCAGGAGCCAGAUUGUAGGGCCGCACGUCAAACGGGUUAUCCACCGCCUCCUGUGUCGACGUUUAAAAGGCAAAAGUGUCUCAGGUACAAGAGGGAUAGGCCUAUAUUAAGAUCAAAGUCGGAUAUAAGUGACAGAUACUGGCGCCCUCCUGAGCUUCCUACAAGUCACUUGGAGCAAUUUUUCGAGCAUUUAGGUCUGACUUCGGAUAGUUAUGAGGAAAUGUUGAGCGGCAGUCACUCGUCUGAUAGUCCAGUGUUUUUUUCCGACGUUUCCACAGUGGACUCGUCCAGGCCUCUGGAUAAUGUCGAUUGCUGUCCUCAACAAACAUACAGGAACAGUGAGCCUCCUUCAAUCGUAGAACGCAACGCUCGCAUAAUCAAAUGGCUGUGCAACUGUCGAAAAUCUCAAUUGACAUAGAAAGACUCAAAACAAUGGCAACAAUGCUCACUAUCGACCUCAAAAUGAAUUGAUGGUAUUACCGAAAAACAGAAUUACGAAAUAAUUAUUGGUUGUCUGAAACUGACAACGAUUUAUUUACAAGGUGAUUUCAGGGUAGAGAAAAAAAGAUGUUUGUAAUCGGUAGCUCAAAAUUUACUGUACUGUGUGUGUGUACCCUUAGAUGUAGUAGUAUAAAAUGCUCUAUUACCCUUUUUCUCCAUAAUUCCUUCUUAGAUAGGAUAUUUAAUGUUUGAAUAAGUGUUUGUUAAGCAGUAGGCAGGUUUGGGUCAGUCGAAAAUUUGGACAUAAGUUUCAUAUUUAGUCACUUUUGUGUCCAAAAAGGUUAACUGAAUUAAAACCUAAGUGAUAAUAUACAUUAAAAACAAGAAUUAAUUCUCAUAUAAGGGCAACUAAUAAUAAGGUUAAUAAACUGAUAUAACCAAAAAUACUAAAAAAAAAUAAUAAUAAUUUUUCUAACUAGUACCUACAUACUAAAUUUUGUAAAUUUUAUUUUCUACUUGAUAGAAUUAAGGGAUGUUUUUUUUUCAAAAUUGCAGUUUCAGCGCAUUAUAAUACUUGUUGGAUUUAUCAAAAUUAGAGCCUUGCGCCCAUAAAAAACACUGUUUGUCACCUAUCAUACUGAGUUAGUCUGUGAUUGAAAUUACUAUCAGUGACUCAUUACUCACAUAUGAAGCGGCGCGGGAUGUGAGACGUCAAGGGAAAUGAUGAUGUGGAUUGAUUAAAAACUAUUUAAUAAUAAUAGUUGUUACUGGGUGCAGCAUUAUUUGAGUCACUGCCAGUAGUUUUGAUCACAGGCUAUGCAUAAAUUCCAUUCUUUAUCAUAAUGAUUGAGGUAGAAUAAUAAUAUUUUAUAUUCAUAAUCUCUGGAAUCUUGUCUGUGGUCUUUGGAACAAAAUGGGUUAGUAUUUCAAAUAGAGCGUCCAAUAAUCUAAAUAAUUCUCUAUGUAAAUCCCCCCAAAUUUAUUCUCAAUGUCUCCUCAUACUAAAUCAAGUCUUAUUUGUCUUGCCCAAUCCUAUUCACAGUACUCUAAGCAGUAUUCACCAAACAGUAUUUUAUCCAUUUACCAAUCCAUUGCUUGUCAUGUAAGGCACACCCAAUAAAAACCAAUUCUAUCCAUUUUAUCUGACUGGGAAAAUAAAUACCGAAAAUCGUCAUUGUCUAGAAUAUCUUGAAUACCGUUGACACUUUGGAAUUAACUUAAAACUUUCAUGAACAUAUUCCAACACUCUAAAACACGUUCAGAUGUUAGAACUUCAAUUAGAAGUAUCGCUUACAAAUAUGUGGGAAAUUUCUGAUAACUACUAAAACAUUCCGGCGCUGCUUAAAGAACAUUAGAAUUUUAUUUUAAUUUUCUCUCUGCAAAAGGAGUAGGUAUGUUUGGGUUAGUUUCUCGUACUUAUUAUUCUACCUCAAUGAUCAUAAUACAUGAUGUGUAUGAGGUCUAUAACAAACUUAUCUGUUAACUAGUGAAGUUUAUCUGUCGAUGUCAAUUGAAGUAGAUGGUUUGCUUCAGGAUGAACUUGACUUAGUUUCAGUGAUACUAGUCUUGGGUUUUUUGUACUACUGAUUUUUAAAAAUUAGAGUAUUUCUGGUCAAUUUUUUUUGUGUUAAUAUUUAUUGUAAAUUUUAUUAAAUCUAAAUCGCUGAAGGGCAAUUUUCAAUUACAUUAGUGUAGUUUCUUUUGGUUUUCUAUGCUACAUUUUGGAGGGCUUGGCAACAUGUGAUUUUUUUAAUUUUUGGCCUUUUUAACCAACAUUGCCAUUUAUAUUUUUUAUGUUUUGUUCUGAGAAAAAGACACAUCUUACUCCCCUAAUGUUGUUAAGACCAAAGCUCACUUAUUAUGCAAAAUGUCAAUUUUUGCCAUUUUUUUUUAUCUAGUCUAUUAUAAGAAAAUUUGAAUACUGAAAAACUAUACAUUUUAAAAUUAAUUAUAAUAUGAGGUUGUUGUAAUAAUUCAUUGUUUAUUGAUGUUUUUAUCAAAAUUUAGUUUUUUUUUUUGCCUGUUUUACGAUGUUUAGGAAAUUGGAUGGAUCGACACAAUAAAAGUCCAGGAUCAUUUGAGAAACGUCAAAAAGAGGCACUUUUUAUCAAAAAGAUUUUAUCUGAAACCCCUUUUCUGUACGGUAAACUUAUAUUUGCAAUGUUUUUAAUUAUCCAAACUCAAUUAAGACUUUUGUCGUGACAUUGCCCAUGUUACUUUGGCUAUUUUGUGAUACAAAGAAACAAACAUAGAUAUUACUAAUUCGUUAAUUAUUGUAAUCAACCAAGGACCCUUUCAAAAAGUUCAAAAUUGUCGAGGUCCAAACACUAAAUUAAUUAUUACCAUUUAGUACAAAAAAAAAAUUGUUUCAGUAUUCCGAAUCAUUAUCUUUGUUUUGCGAUUGAAUUAUUAUUGUUAAAAAAUUGUUAAACUUUAUAAAAAUGCAAAACAGAAUUGCGACAAAUUCAAUUAAUUAUCAUAAUCAUCAAACUGUAUUGAUAUUAUUUUCUUUUGUUCGACUAUUUAUUUCUCGUAUACUAGUAUUAAUAAUAUAAAUAAUAAAAUAUAGUGUAUGUGAAGUGUGAUAAUACGACAUAUAAUAUUAGAAUGCUCUUUUUCAGUACCCGCCUAGGAUAUUAUUAAAUUAGAUAUAAACCAUAUUUUUCUUUUGUGUGUGUUUGUCAUGUGUUUUAUGUUUUGGUUUAUAUCUUGUUAUUCGCAUUAACUAAUAAUUUUUCAUAACUUUUUUUCUAUUCCUACUAAUCAAUUAAAUAUAUACUGUACAAUCAAAAAAAUAAAGGCGAUUCUGUGUAAAAUAUAAUAUAGGUUAUUCCAGACAAAAUACUUCAUUAUGAAACAAAUUAUCUGAGCCCCUGAUAUCUAGUUGAUUUGAAUGAACUAAUUUUCUAUGGAGCAGCCUAUAUGUAUUUUGUAUGAACAACUUUUUUCAUCAUUAAUUGAAAGCUCAGUUUAAUUAGAUGUUUUGCUCAUUUGAAGAAUAAUAAUAGGUGAAUCGAAUUUGCUAUUAAGUCUGACAUUUUAUUUAUUAGGGCUCAAUUCAGAAAAUUUUUAAUAAGCAUUAUAAAGACUAACAUGCUGUAUAAUAUUAAUUAUUAUUCCAUUUUCCAUCAAAAUCAGAAUGCAAUAUGGAAAUACUUCAAGC